AUGGAUGGUGGUGGAGUGAGAGCAGGUUGCAUGCGGAUCAGGUGUCUGUCUCACAGAGAGACAUGUCUCGGUUAUCUACCUCAAAGUGAAGAAGAACGCUAUAUGGCAAAAAGCCAUUGGAUGAUCGUCAUAGAAUUAGCCAGUCUACAUAUACAUUGCCAAGGAUCAUCGCUUUGGACUCUGGGGGAAAAAUGGAUCAGUUUGAAGCAUAACGUCAAGCUAAGCCUGAGCUUCUUCAGAUUGGUCAAGAACAAGAUGGCUAUGAACAUAUACGGUCUAAAAUCAACUCCAAAAAUCAAAAUCGAGCAACCUAAGCAGCUUAGUGCCAAUUUUGUAAAGGCUGCUAAACAUGUGGAAAAUAAUGUUAUUGGCCAAGAGCUCCAAAUCAAUUAA